AUGGGGAGUAGAACUGGUGCAGAAGAUGAGAAGAAGGCCGUCGGGAUGCCGAGCUUUGAUCCUCAUAGUAGAUUCAAGAACUUGGACACGUUUCUGGCUGUCUUGUACUCACAUAAGAAAUCAUUUCUAGUGGCUAUGUCAAAAGUUGGUAGGCUAGAGUGUAAUAAUCAGGAGUUUCUUUGUUUGAUUGGGUGGCAUCGGAGUUGUGUAGAGAGAAGCACAAUCCAUCCUUACCGCGUUACUGAUUUUGGGGUGUUCUUAGAGGACGAUGCUAUUGACCUGAGUGCAGGGGGUGGUCGAGGUACGGUGUUCAAUUCAGCAAAAGAAAGAACCCAAGCAAUCCCUUCUGAACCCCUCCACAGUGGCACUUUUGACAAGAAACAGUCAACUACUUCAUUUAAUAUUAAUUCAUCUGCUGUCCAAUUGGAGUCUCAGAGGUUACCAUUAGAAAAAGUUCAAGACUCAAACCAGCUUUCUAUAGCAAGUGCAAAUACAGAAAACUGGGGGGAGACUCAGAGGUUACUGCUAGAGAACAUUCAACAGUCAAACCGGGUUUCUAUACCAAGUGUUAAUACAGAGAACUGGGGGGAGACGAUGGCUGAUGCUAGUCCGAGGACUGAUAUCUCAACCGAUGCAGACACAGAUGAUAAAAAUCAAAGGUUCAACAGAGGCCAAUCUGCAGCUCUUGUGGCGUCUGAUUCCAGUGACAGAUCAAAGGAUAAAAUGGACCAGAAGACUCUUCGUAGGCUUGCUCAAAACAGAGAAGCUGCAAGAAAAAGCCGUUUGAGGAAGAAGGCAUAUGUCCAGCAGCUGGAGAGUAGCCGCUUGAAGCUAACCCAACUGGAACAGGAGCUUCAACGGGCACGGCAGCAGGGAAUCUUCAUAUCAAGCUCAGGAGACCAAACUCAUUCAAUGAGUGGAAAUGGGGCUAUGGCAUUUGAUGUAGAAUAUGCACGAUGGCUAGAGGAUCAAAAUCGAAAAAUUAAUGAGCUGAGAUCAGCUGUGAAUUCUCAUGCGGGUGAUGCAGAACUUCGUAUUAUCAUUGAUGAUAUAAUGGCUCACUAUGAUGAAGUUUUCAGGCUGAAGAGCAAUGCAGCCAAGGCUGAUGUUUUCCAUUUGCUGUCUGGCAUGUGGAAGACACCUGCAGAGAGGUGUUUUAUGUGGCUUGGUGGCUUCCGUUCAUCUGAGCUCCUCAAGCUUCUUGUGAAUCAAUUGGAGCCUUUAACAGAGCAGCAGUUGGUGGGCAUUGGCAACUUGCAGCAGUCCUCCCAACAGGCAGAAGAUGCAUUAUCUCAAGGGAUGGAGGCAUUGCAGCAGUCCCUGGCUGAGACAUUGUCCAGCGGAACUCUUGGCUCCUCAGGUUCAUCAGGAAAUGUGGCAAAUUACAUGGGUCAGAUGGCCAUGGCCAUGGGACAGCUAGGCAGCCUCCAGGGAUUUAUUCGCCAGGCUGACAAUUUGAGGCAGCAAACGUUACAACAAAUGCACCGAAUUUUAACAACCCGUCAGUCAGCUCGUGCUCUCCUCGCAAUACACGAGUACUUUUCCCGUUUACGAGCUCUUAGUUCCCUCUGGCUCGCUCGACCGAGAGAGUGA